AUGCGGGUUCUUCUAGCCUCUCUUUUGAUAUUCGGAGCUUGCUGGGCAGGCCCAGUUGUAAAUACCAAUUAUGGAAAAGUAGAAGGAUUUGAGUAUGGAGCGGCCGAGGUUUUCCUUGCAAUCCCAUUUGCAAAACCACCAGUUGACAACCUGAGAUUUGAGAAACCAGAAGCUCCUGAACCUUGGGAAGAUGUCUAUCAAGCCACUCAAUUCCGAAAUGACUGCACUCCUCACUACCGGCUAGUAGCCCAGUUUUCCAGCUACUCCGGAGAGGAUUGUCUCACGCUCAACGUUAUCAAACCAAAGACUAUCGAGAAGAAGCUUCCAGUUCUUUUCUGGGUUCACGGUGGUGGAUAUGAGAUUGGAUCGGGAAGUCAACAUGGUUAUGAGUUUUUCGCUGAUAGGUAUACGUCUCAAGGAGUCAUUGUGGUCACUAUUCAAUAUAGACUUGGGUUCAUGGGAUUCUUCUCUGAGGGAACUUCGGAUGCUCCAGGAAAUUACGGAUUGUUUGAUCAAGCAGCAGCUCUGAGAUUCGUGAAGGAAAACAUUGGAAACUUUGGUGGUGAUCCAGAUGAUAUCACUAUUUGGGGAUACAGUGCAGGUGCCGCAAGUGUUUCUCAACUGACCAUGAGUCCUUACACACACGACUUGUACUCCAAGGCUAUAAUUAUGUCUGCUAGCUCUUUCGUCGGAUGGGCUACGGGUCCCAACGUCAUUGACACUUCUAAGCAAUUGGCUGAAAUUUUGGGAUGUCCAUGGCCAGGAGCUAAAGAAUGCAUGAAGAAGAAAACUCUUCACGAAAUAUUUGACGCAGUUGAGACGCAGGGAUGGACCACAGGAACAAUUGAUAUUCUCAGAUGGUCGCCGGUGAUUGAUGGAGAUUAUUUACCAAAGAAUCCGGAAAAUUUGAUUAAUGACGCACCGAUCAAACCAACACUGAUUGGCAUGAGCAAUAAAGAAGGAUCUUAUUUCGCUACCAUGAAUAUGGGCAGAGUGAUUGCGGACUUCGGUCUCAGCCCCGAAGAAAUUCCAAAAGUGGACGAGGACUUCAUAUCAGAAAUUAUUGAUAGAAAACUUCUCUAUAACAAUAGAUACGGGGAAAAUCGACAAAAAGUUUGGGACCAGAUUUUGGACUACUACACUAAACAAGGCAAGCCUGAGAGGGAUUUGAAUGGAUUUUAUGUUGAUCGAUAUGCCGAGCUCCUCUCUGAUAUUACCUUCAAUGUUCCUAUCCUUCGAGAAAUCACAGCUAGAGUUGAGAGGAAGACUCCCGUCUGGACAUAUCGUUUUGACCAUUAUAACGAGCAAAUCUGGAAGAAGUACAUUCCAGAACAAGCUAAAGGUUCCCCUCACGCGAAUGAGUAUCAUUAUCUCUUCAAUAUGCCUGUUAUGGCUCAAAUUGAUUUCAAAAAAGAGCCGGAGAGCUGGCUUCAGCGUGACUUAAUCGAUAUGGUCGUUUCGUUUGCCAAAACUGGAGUUCCACAUAUCCAAGACGUGGAAUGGAGGCCAGUUAGUGAUCCAGAUGACGUCAAUUUCUUGAAUUUCCAGUCAAGUGGAGUUUCGGUGAAGCAUGGACUUUUCCAAGAGCCCCUUGAUUUCUGGAAUAAUCUUCGUGAGAGAGAAGGCUUUGACCUGGUAGACCCAGCUUACAGUAAGACAACAUCAAACUCUGAAAAGGAUGAAUUGUAA